GUUCGAUUUUGGUGCAGGUUGCUGUAUGUUUCUUGCGUAAACAUAACCAAACUGACAUGUCUACUCUGUCAAAAAUAGACGCUGUUGGCUGUAGAAAGUUGUUGAAUUUACUCUCCGAUGUUGAUAUAUUAGCACUUAAUGAUACGGUUACUAACAAGAUGAUUGCUGUGGGAAGCACGAAAGAGGCUAUCGAGGCCAUUAUCACAUACUCACAGAAUUCAGAAGAGCUCUUGAGGCGAAAGAAAGUUCACCGCGACAUCAUUUUCAAGUACCUAGCAAGUGAAGGUGUUGUAAUGCCAACCAACAGUGAAAAACAUCAACUGGUGAAGGCGACUCUUAAGUUGUGGUCUUCAGACAAGGUUUCUCAGAAAUCUCAUUGUGCAAACGACUGUAUAUCCAGUGAGGUCAGAGGAGAUGGCCUCUCUGAUGUUGUGACGUUGGGGAGGCAGUUUUCUCAGUGGUACUUCCAGCUUCUGAACAGCCAGAAUCCCACUCUUGGGCAACAACCACAUGAAUGGGGUCCGCAGCACUUCUGGGGGGAUGUUCGACUUAGACUCCGGGCUAGCACAGAAGAAGAAAGCGAGGAGGAGUUCCAAGGAGCUGAGCUUGUGAGCUUACGCCUCCAAGCAUUAUCACGGGGUGAGAAUCUUCUCUUUAGCCCCAACCUGGAGUCUCAUGGCCUACGGACUAUAUCAUCACCACAUGGUUUGGUUAUAGUGGCAGUAGCAGGCACCAUUCACAGGGAUCAAGCCUGUCUUGGUACUUUUGAGCAGGUCUUUGGUCUUAUCCGCUCCCCGCUGGACAAAAACAGCUGGAAGAUUAAAUUUACGGACUUGAAAAUGAGGGCUCAAAGCGCUAUCAAAGGCACAGAGGAGCUGGUCUCACCCGCGCUGACCUAUAGUUCAAGUGAACUACAGAUGCUCUGUAGUUAAAUAUGAUGGAGUUUAAUUUCCUAGUUCCUAGCUACAGUACUUUAAGUAAGCAUUUGAUAAAUGCUAUUGAGGAUAUGCCUCUUGUUGGGUUACGUUGAUAUUGGGUAACAUGCAUUAUUGCACAUUGAACUAAAUGACCAUCCAUUAUUCUUGGAUUGUUUGGGAAAGUCUGCCCAAGUGCUUCUCUAAAUCCUAGAAUACUGAAGAGCUGCCUAAACAUUGGCAAUUUGAUGAUGUGCCUUGUUUGUCAUUUUGCAGAAUGGAGAGUAUAUUGUAUUUUAGUUUUAAUACAUUGUGACGUAUGUUAACGUCUGUCUAAAAAGCUGGUGGUGGACAACAUCUGUACCCCUAGCACAUGUAUGGGGAACAUUGCAAUAAGGCAUUGAGCGGUUUGUACAUAGUAGUUGAUGUAGUAGGUAUUCAACAUUUUGUUUUGAUUAUCGCAGUUUUAUUUUUACAUACAAAAUGAUGCAACGUUAGUCUUUGAACGAUUUCUUUGGUAGGUGUAUUCCAUAGUACGCCUUCAGGUUAAUUGAAAAUUAUUUUUUUCAAGCAUAUUUGACCUUCUGAAAUAAAACAAAAUGUGUGCUUAUUUGCUGAAGUUUAAUUGUUUUCAGUUUGUAGAGAUAAUGCA